AAAUGGGUGCAUCCAUUAAACCCUCUUUCUCCACGUUCAAAGGUAAUGAAAGGAAACGAUCUUUAGAAACCUAAUGAUUAGAACAUCAUGACAAUCCAUCCAUCCAGCCCCAUACUGACUUGAAUCGAUUUCACCUCCUCUUCAACAAAAAUUCAAUUUUUAUUUUUAUUUUUAUUUUUGGACAUUCUAGAUGCCUCCUAAGUUCGAUCCCUCUGAGGUUAAGAUUAUCUACCUUCGUGCCACUGGUGGUGAAGUUGGUGCUUCUAGUGCCCUUGCCCCCAAGAUUGGUCCUCUCGGUCUUUCUCCCAAGAAGGUCGGUGAAGAUAUCGCCAAGGGUACCAAGGACUGGAAGGGUCUCCGUGUCACUGUUCAAUUGACCAUUCAAAACCGUCAAGCUCAAGUUUCCGUUGUUCCCUCCGCUUCCUCUUUGGUCAUCAAGGCUCUUAAGGAGCCUCUCCGUGAUCGUAAGAAGGAGAAGAACAUCAAGCAUUCCGGUAACGUUGCUCUUGAGGACAUUAUUGAGAUUGCCCGUACCAUGCGUUUCAAGUCUCUUGCUCGUGAACUCUCUGGUACCGUCAAGGAAAUCCUCGGUACUGCUUUCUCCGUUGGCUGUACCGUCGAUGGUCAAAACCCCAAGGACCUUUGUCAUGCCAUCGAUGCUGGUGAGGUCGAGAUCCCCGAGAAAUAAAUUAUUCUCUAACUCGCUCACUGAUCGAAUUAUACUUUUUUUUUUCCGCAACGAGAUAAAUAAACCUUUUAUUGUCGAAAAAACACCUUAUUUCUUUAUCAUUUUGAUUCAUUACAAAGAGAUUAGUUAGAACAGUUAUCGCGUACUUUAUUACUGAUUCAUUACCAAAGGAAAGUUAUUAGGAAAAUGAAGUAGAUAC